AUUCAACAGAUACGAAUUCAUUCAUCAGAGUGUUUUACAUUCACGAAUAUUGCCCCAUUUUCACCGUUGAAGAAUUUCCGCAAGACUGAUACGUUGAGAUAGAGUGGAUUAACUAUAUUCAGUGGAGAUGAUCGGAGAAAAUCUCGGCCCGUGGAUCAGUCCCAAGCAGAGCUUCUAGUUGAGAACAACGCAAUGUGCAACAAAACAAAAGAACACACAAGCGGACCGGCAUCAACUUUUAUGGUCAUGCCUACGAUUUGAUUCGAGAGAUGUGUCUCUGGCGAAUUUCUUGCCAUGAGUCGCAAUGCCCGAAAUGAUCUACCUCAGGCAGAGGCGGUGGAUGAAUUACCGCGUCGGAUCGGUACAAGGCGACAAGCUAAUGUUUACGAUGCCGUAGCUGGUCGCGUCUCUUCCUCUGGGUUCCGCCCUCAAACUCUUCUCCAUCGGAACUCUGCGCCGUCCGCCUCCUCCGUUCCCGUUACCCCAGAGGAAGUACUCUUCCGGCGUGUCAAUGCGCCCGUAAUAUACGCAGAGGAUGACUUCUACUUUGCCGACGAGCGUCUCCCGUCUGACCAACGAUUACCGGACUCCGAUAUGCUGAAGGCGAUUCACACCUACGCCUCCGAUUUUUAUGCCAAUGCAACUCUUGAUCAGGGCCAUGCGGAUUGGCAGAGUAUGGACGAAACGGCGCUGAUUGCAUUGGGAAUACUGCUUGAAGAAGCCGCCAAUGAAUCCCUGGGCGCGACCGGUGAUAUGGUCUUUGUUGAAGGCGAGGAGAUAACUGAUCCUGAAGAACUUGCUACUCGAUCUCCUUCAACGAGCCGCGGUCGCAAGCGGAUAACUGUAGGAAGCAGUAGCGCGAUUAGCGGAGAAGAAUUCGCUAGGCCACGAAGGACUAGGACGAAGAGACGCCGCAGAGCUGAUUGAGAGCUUCUAUCUGUCGAGCCUGAAUGAACGGCUGCUUUAUUGGCGAUGCAUUUCACAGAAAGAAGAUGGAUCUCCUCGAGAACCGAAUCUUUGGGAAUGUGUCAACUCCAACCCUAAAACUUAUCACAAUCGAGGGGCUUUAUUGAAGACCUUUGCGUUAUUGCCAACCUUUGUUAAAUGGAAUAUUCUUUGUCACUUGCAUGGAUUUACGCCGGUUGCCCCAUGAAUUUGCAAGUCCGCUUUUUCAUGUUCUAUUUCUCCUAUUGGUCUACGUGAGCGCAAGCAGGGCGGAUAAUGAUUCAGUUACACAAAGGUCAUGCCUUGCAUAACCUCCGAGACUGCCAAUUGGUUGUAGUGUUUUUUUGCUCCCUUUCUUCUGCAGCUCUAAGAAUAGACCAUCCAUAUGCUUCGUUUUGUGUCGUUUGAUACCGCCUUGAGAAAUUGCCAAUCGCGAAGGCUGAGAACCAGGGAUAGUCCGUUUUGAACCCAGAUAUUUAUAAUCAUGUUGCUCCCCAUGCCAUUAUCCAAUUUAUCCUCAAUCUAUUUUGCCUCUCUAACUCAGUUCUCCAAUACAAGUCUUGUUAAAAGGCUUCUAUUCUGAGAAGGACCCGACCAAGUGAGUGCACAAAAACAUGUUGUUAUCUUGGUUUAUUUUUGCGACGAUUGUAUGUGUUUGGGCAAAACCCGAAUCUCUAUCGCCUAAUAAGGUAGGGCCAAACUACGCUUGCGAGACGGGGGAUUGCAAUUUUUACCCAUACAAAUGCCCGAGGCCCUGCUACUGCUCUGCAGUCUUGGGGCGCAGAUGCCUUAAUCCCUUCAAGGAGUAUCCGUGAGACGUCACAUUAUUACAAUGAUAUUUUUCUGUGGUUGGAAUCCAAGCGCGUGCGGUCAAAAAACCCUUUCGAUAAACUUACGGUGUUCGUAUAAAUCGAUGGCCUUACGACAACGAUGAUUUCGCUUUUCUGACGUUUAUCUUUAACGUGUAUCAACUUCUGAAACUAAGAGAGCACUCGGACAAAGUGAUGGUGCAUCGGGCGUUGGACGCUGGGGAUCGGCUAGAUAAAACAUGCCGUUUUUUUUAUUUCAACGUUAAAGGGCGUCCUUCCGGGUUUUGGAUUAUAUUUUCCUCCAUUUUGGUGCAUUUCCCUGGCCUUGAUCCGGUGAUUUCACCUAUAUCUGGUGCUAUACUAUCGGCAUUGAUUCUUUUUCCCAAUUUCUCUUCGAGUUUCAGCAUUAUACUGGUUAAUGCUCCUGCUUGGGCAUCAUGCGCUUGUUGAUUUGCUAUUUAUGGCCAUUUAUUCUCUCUGCCAAUCCCAUAACCGAUCAUGUUAUUUCCUUCCAUGCCUAACCAAAGAGCGAAAUAUCGUACGAGUGUACGAGUAAAUGUUUGAAUAUCGAAAGGAAAAGUUUCCUCCUUUAUGACCACUUUUCUUUAGCUCUUCUGAAUUCCCCUACCAAUCAAGCUUUUAGAGAUAGAUGGCUGUUUCUUACAUCUUGGGAUGAAUCUAUUUGGCUCCUCAUAAACGAGUCCGAAGACAAGACAUAUAUAUAUAUCCACUUAAACUCUUGAGGUUUCGCAAUAGCUACUACGCAAGUACUUGAUCUG